UAUAUGGCAGCACUGCGCACAUGUUGUAUUUUAUAAUUUCUAUUUGUAGUUUUCUGCAUUUAUCUUAUUUUCUGUUAUUCUUUAGUAGUGUUUUAUAAAUAUUAGUAUAUAAUACAACAAAUAAUCUUAAAUCAAAAUAAUUGUGUAUCAUACCAUAAAAUCAACAUAUUAAUUAUGGGAAAAGUUAAGAAGUCAAAACCUUCAGAAGUAGGAAGAAACAUAGCCCUCGCCGAUCAAAUAGAAUCAGUCAACGUAUUAAAAAGUAGGAAGCGGCACAAAGAAAGAAAUCGACACGAUAAUGAUGAUGAGUUCAUUAAAGCUGACUUGUCAAAAAAAAUUUUAAAGACUGCUAGAAGGCAGCAAGCGGAGCUGGGGCCUGAUGAAUCGGGGCCACCUCCUGCUAAACAUGUUCAAUUACAAUCAAUGUUCAAUGAUGGAGAAUCAGAUAAAGAAUCUAGUUCAGAGCAUGAUGAUUUGGAAUUGGAUACAUACUAUGAUAAUGUUGAAAUUAAUGAUGAUGAUGAGGAAGCUUUGAAAAUGUUUAUGUCACCAAAUUCAGAAAAAACUCGAACACUAGCAGAUAUCAUAAAAGAUAAAAUUACUGACAAACAAACAGAAUUACAAACACAGUUUUCAGAUGUUGAAACUCUUAAGUUACAGAAUAUUGACCCCAGGAUCAAAACAAUGUACGAAGGAGUGCGAGAUGUUCUUAAAAAAUAUCGCUCGGGCAAAUUACCUAAAGCAUUUAAAAUGGUUCCAAACCUUCAAAAUUGGGAACAGAUAUUGUACAUAACAGAACCCACAACUUGGUCUGCAGCUGCAAUGUAUCAGGCUACCAGAAUUUUUGCUUCUAAUUUAAAAGAGAAAAUGGCUCAACGUUUCUACAACUUGGUCUUGCUACCUCGAGUCAGGGAUGACUUGGCCGAGUACAAGAGGUUGAAUUUUCAUUUAUAUCAAGCUUUAAGGAAGGCUCUAUUUAAACCAGGGGCUUUCAUGAAAGGCAUUCUUCUGCCUCUUUUGGAAGCUGGAGACUGUACUUUGAGAGAGGCUAUUAUUGUUGGUUCAGUGUUAGCCCGUAAUUCUGUACCUGUGUUACACUCUAGUGCCGCAUUACUAAAAAUAGCUGAAAUGGAUUACACUGGGGCCAACUCUAUAUUUUUACGAAUCUUAUUUGAUAAAAAAUAUGCACUACCAUAUAGAGUUGUUGAUGCUGUUGUGUUUCAUUUUCUUAGGUUCCAAAUGGAUUCUCGUACUUUGCCAGUGUUGUGGCAUCAGGCACUGUUAACUUUUGUGCAGCGCUAUAAAGCAGAUAUAUCUACUGAACAACGAGAUGCCCUACUUGAAUUACUAAGAAAACAGCUGCAUCCUACAAUCACACCAGAAAUACGCAGAGAAUUACAAGCUGCACAAUGCAGAGAUUCUGAAGUAAAUGAUGCAAUAUCUUCACAAAUGGUUGUAGAAUGAAUUUAAAAUAUAUUGUUAUGAAUAAAAAGAUUGUUUAUGAAGGUUAUUUUUAACUUUAAUAUUACUUUUAUGUUAAUUGUUUAGUGA